AUGGCACCCCUCCCAACACACAUAGCACGAACGGUGCUUCAAUUUUCCUCGAGAGAUAUUGGAGAUAAAACGAAUGAAGGUCAAGAUGUAUCGAUAUCCGAAGGAUUGAUUUUGCAAAAACUUGCAUUGACAUUUGCAACUGCUAGUGUUGCUUCUUCGAUUCUAGCUUUUUAUUGGUUUGUUAGAAUGAGACGUUCGUUCAGACAUGAUCUCAUCAUGUUGUUAAUCCAAAGUGAUAUGUUUAAAGCUUUAUGGUUUAUGGUUUUUCCAAUCGUUAUCUUUUUACAUGGUCCUGUAGCAGAUGAUUCCAAAUUUUGUCAAAUAAGUGGAUUUUUUCUAGCUUUAGGAGUUGAAGCGUCAGAUGUUUCGGUUCUUAUGGUUGCUGUACAUACUGCAUUAUAUAUUUUCAGACCUAAAUCCUCGUCUGGCGAAGGGGGUCUCUAUCCAUAUCGUAGGAUAGCUUACACCGUUUGGAUAGUCUUUCCACUUUUAACGGCAUCUCUGGCUUUUGUUAAUGAUCAGGAAGCUUAUGUUGCUCAAGGAACAUAUUGUUAUCUACCAGUACGACCUUUUUGGUAUCGAUUGGCUUUAAGUUGGAUCCCUCGAUACAUUAUUUUCAUCACGAUUGUCACUGUUUAUGUUUCCAUAUAUUUCUAUGUACGAUUUAGGUUUCGUGGAUUUGAGAACAGUCAUUCUCAAGAUAGUUGUGAUUCGACCAGACGCAAUCAAGUGCGAAGAAGUCUACCUCCUCCAGCUCUAAUUCUUAAUGGACCCGUGACUGAAAUAAGACGUCCUUCCGCUGCUUAUGUUCCCGAGAGAAGGAAACAAUCCUCAUCGACUUUGGAUUCCCUUGCCAAUAUGAGGAACAAUGCUCAUCAAUUCAUGUGGACUUCAGUAUUCCACUCUCGCAAUCGAACUCAUUCCGUAUCUCCUCCAUCAGAGAUUUCUGCACCGGAUACUGACUCAUACGCUGGAGCAUCAACUCCACAAAUUGUACCCGAGAUAACCAAUCCAACUCUCUUAACGCCACAACAAAUACUCAAUCCACUUCCCCAUCCUCAAUUUCGAAAUACAUCAUGGAGAGAAAGUAUUGCUAGACGAUUGUCUCUCGACUCGAAUGUUUCCGUAUACAUACACCCCGCUACCCUUCAACCACAAAAUGGAUCAGCAGAACAAGGAAAUCCUUACGAUAUGCAUCUUGUCAAUUCCCGUGGUCAAGAUUUGACCGUAUCGGAAAUGAUACGUACACGCGAGAAAAUCCGUCGACAACUUCGAUUUCUAUUUAUUUACCCCUUGGUAUACUUGGGAAUGUGGACCGUCCCAUUUGUAUCCCACAUCUUACAAUUCAAUGAUAAAUUGGCGGUCAAUCCGCCAUUUGCGAUUAAUCUAUUAACUACCAUUUUUAUUUGUGCACAGGGUGCUGUGGAUUGUUGGUUAUUUUCUACCCGUGAGAAGCCGUGGAAACAUAUUCCCGGAACGGAGGGCACAUUUUUCGGGAGUCUAAAAUUCUGGGUUAUCUUUUUUGGGAAGCGGAAGGAGAGACAGGGACAUGGGCCGGGGAAAACGAGGAAUGAAAUGGCUAGGGAAGCGCGACAAGCGUACAAGAGAAGAGAUCAGGAGCUGGCGCAGAGGAGAUUCGAGGCGCAGGCGGGUAAUGGUUUGGCGAUGGAGAGAGGAAGAGGCGAUAGAAGUUGGUGGGAUGUUGAAGGGGCCGAUGGAUUGGGAACGGUUGGUGUUGGGGCCGGAGUGGCGGCCAUGACGCCUGUUCAGGAGGAAUUUUCGAUUUCGACGGAUGGGGAAUCUGAGGAAGCGAUUGAGCCUUCGGAGCCGAUUCGAGAACAUGAUCCUGUUGAUACGAGUGCCGAUGACUCUGCAAUUAAUGGGAAGGAAAGAAACGGUGAUGCUUAA